AUGUCUAUCACUCCCGCCGAUAACAGCGACAAGCGCUCGCACGACACGGCUGAACUAGUCGGUGCAAUUCGCGAGCUCGAGGCUGCUUUCGAGCAUGCGGCUAAAAGAGUAGAACUGCAGCUCGUUACAAUCAACAACACGCUACAAUCGUUGUCGUUCGGCGAAAGAACCCAACCCGAGCUUGCGACGUUCGGCAGUGAGUUAACACUAAUGCAGAACAUCGUGCGAAUGGAGAUGAGGACCGCCGACAUCACGCUCAAGCAAGGGCUGAAGUCCUUGCUCGAAAGCAUCAACGCCGCCGGUAUGUUGUCAAACCGCCGAAACACCGCUGCUGCUCACAAGCUGCUCAACAAGCUCGCGUCGAUGACCUCUCCGUUUAGCCACGGCUCCCCGUUGUCUCAGUUACGUUUGCUCGUCACAACAAUAUUCCCUUGCCUGCCAAAUUUGCGUGGCGGGUUGAUCGCCACUACUUGUACCAGAAGUGCUGUACCCUGA